AUGGGGCACAGCUUGGGCAAAGCACGGGAGGUGGGAACUAAUGUACGGGGGAGUCAUCAAGAACCAGAGGCGCUAGCCCGGCUCCCCGUGCCCUCCGCCUCCUGCUGCUGCCGCCGCUGCCGCCGCUACUCUUCGGCGUUCCCCUCUCAUCGCUCGCGAGGCUCGUGCGCCCCAGUCCCAGCCCCCGGCCUCAAACUUCCGCGGGGCCCCCCGGGAGCCCGCGAGAGCGCCGAGGGAGCCCGGGGCGCGAGCGGGGGGCGUGCGCCUGAGCCUGGCCCCGUUGCUCGGGCCGCCGGGCCGCCCGGAGCCGGGGCCGGGGCCGGGGCCGCGGUGGCGCUAUAUGACCUUAGGAAAGUCGUUUUAACUUCCCUGUGCCUCAGUUUCCUCAGCAUACAAAGAGAAUUGUUCACAAGUGCCCACAAGGACUGCCCUCUGCCCAGGGGCAUAGAUUGCCCAGCCCCAGGCCUUCCCUCUGGCUGCCUUCCCCCUGAUGCUCCAGACCAUGUCACCAGUAAGGAAAAACAAAUGGAUUUCUGUUGGGAUCCCUGGCAGAAAUGCUUCCGGACUCCCAAUGGCUUCCUCUCUGAGUCCAAGGCUUGUUCCAGUAACUACAAUGUGGCUGCCCUAGCCACCUCAUCCUUGGUGGGUGUGGUACAAAGCAUCAAGGACCACAUCACGAAGCCAACAGCCAUGGCUAGGGGCCGAGUGGCCCACCUGAUCGAAUGGAAGGGCUGGAGUGCCCAGCAGUCGGGCUGGGACCCAUCUCCAGCAGAGGAAGAACAUUACAGCUACCUCCCUGAUGAGCUGAGGGAGGCCCGAUUUGCUGCAGGGGUUGCUGAACAGUUUGCCAUCACAGAAGCCACAUUGAGUGCCUGGUCCUCAAUAGAAGAUGAAGAGAUGUGCCAGGGAGAGAGUUCCCAAGAUGUCAUCCCACUGCAGGACCUUGGGAGCAUCUACCUGCAGGACAGCCUCCUGAGUGGGCCCUUGCUGGACAGCAGCCUCCAGGCCUUCUCCUCCUCUCUCUCUUCAUCCUUCCCUGCUCCUGGCCUUCCUGCUGAGAACUGGGACUCACCUGAAGAGCCAUCCACAGUGGGGCCAUGGCCUUCCAGCCCUCAAAAGCAGCAGCUGCUGCUACAAGUGGAAGAAGAAGCUGUUGAAGAUCAAACCCAAGCAGAGCCCGAGACCCAGCUCCACAGUUCUCUGCGCUAUGUGGACAGCAGCUCCCUGUCAGAGGAUGAGGUCUUCUAUAACUGAGGCUGGGCCCUAGGCUGGCACUGGGAUGGCCCAGAGAAGGACACCAGAGGAAGGAAGGAGGAUGAGGGGCCCCUCCUUUCUUCACUGACCCCAUUGACUUCCCUGCCCUGAUGCUCAUACCAUACCGAGGGGUGCCACUAGGGGUCUGCUUGCCCCUAUCAGCUAUGGCUUGGGACCCAUGGUGCAUCAGAGUUCCCAAUGUCUAGAGUUGAGGGCUGUAG